AUGCAGCCUCCUCAGAAUUUAAAAGAAACCCAGAAGCUGGUCGGCAGAAUAACAACCCUGUCAAGAUUCAUUUCCAGAUCUGCGGACCGGGCCGCUCCUUUUUUCAAGGUGUUAAGGAAGGCCUCCAAAUUCCAGUGGGAUGAAGAAUGCACUAAAGCUUUUGAAGAGCUGAAAAAGUACCUGGAGACCCUGCCCUCUCUUUUUAAGCCAGUUGUAGGAGAACCUUUAUGGGUGUACUUGUCAGCCACCCCUGAGGCUGUAGGGGCAGUGCUCAUUAAAGAGCAUGACAAUGCACAACGACUAGUGUAUUUCUUCAUCCAUUUAUUGAAAGGAGCCGAGUCCCGAUACACGGCGCUCGAGAAGUUGGUUUACGGAUUGGUUCUUAUGACUCGGCAGUUACUACCUUACUUUUUAUCGCAUCUAAUCACCGUCUUAACUAACAGCACCAUGGGAAGAGCACUAACCAACGUAGAAGUUGCAGGUCGGCUUAUCAAAUGGGUCACAGAAUUGGGAGAAUAUGAUAUUCAAUACCAGCCGCGCACUGCUAUUAAGACACAAGCCCUGGCAAAUUUCUUAACAGAAGUACAUCAAAUCAGCCCUGAAGAAACAUGGAAGAUCUAUGUGGAUGGGUCUGCUAAUCAUCAUGGAAGUGGGGUUGGGGUCUUAGUAAUAUCUCCUCAAGGCGAUAUACUCCAGGUGGCAGUGCGACUGAAUUUCCGAGCCACGAAUAAUGAAGCAGAGUACGAGGCUUUAUUGGCUGGAUUGCAAGCAGCUCGGCAUGUCGGGGCAGCUCGGGUAAUCAUCUAUUCGGAUUCCCAGUUGGUGACUCAGCAGGUUACAGGUAACUUUAUUAUAAAUUGUGAUAAAUUGCAAAUGUAUCAAGAAGCUUACGAGAAGAUGAAGGCAGAAUUUGUAGAGGUCACUGUCACAAAAAUACCCCGGUCGGAGAAUGAGCGGGCAGAUGAGUUAGCCAAGAUGGCCAGUUCUUUAACUACUUGGGUGCUGGAUCGAUCAACAGCACAAACCUUUUUGAAAGCCCAGAUAGAUUUGCAAAACAAUGCAGAAGCAACUAUUAAUUGGCGGACACCCAUGAUCAGCUAUCUUAGGCAUGGUAUCUUACCGACCGACCCCGAGGAAUCUAGGUUGAUAAGAAGGCAGGCUCAUGCUUAUGUAAUGAUCGGGGACCAGCUCUACAAGAAGUCCUUCUCCCGACCAUUACUUAAAUGCCUGAGUAUGGAGGAAGCUGAUCAGGCCCUGCGAGAAAUACAUCUGGGAUGCUGUGGUAAUCAUGUAGGCGGUCGAACAUUAUCUCGCAAAGUGCUCCUGGCCGGGUAUUUCUGGCCUACUUUACAGAGGGAUGCUCACAAAUUUGAUAUUCCUCAUAAGCUGGUGUCUGAUAAUGGGAGACAAUUUCAAGGACAGAGGAUACAAGCCUAG